UUUUUAUAGUGCGAUUCUGCUCACAGCAAUUCUACCGAGUGCUACUGCACACUACUGUAGCACAGCCGAUCGCAGCUAGAGGGUGGUUCUGAGUUCGCCGAUUCUAAUAAGCACGAAUAAGUCGCUACUACAUUUGAAAACUUGUGAAGAAAUGGCAACAAAACCCGCAUUCAAAGUCGCUGAUCUGUCGCUGGCGGAAUGGGGCAGAAAAGAAAUAAUGCUAGCGGAGAAUGAGAUGCCUGGUUUGAUGGCAGUCCGGCAAAAGUAUGGACCAUCCAAAGUACUAAAAGGAGCUAGGAUUGCGGGGUGCCUUCACAUGACCGUUCAGACUGCGGUGCUUAUCGAGACCCUCACCGAACUUGGAGCAGAGGUACAAUGGUCAUCGUGCAACAUUUUCAGUACUCAGGACCAUGCCGCUGCAGCGAUUGCGAAAACUGGUGUGCCGGUUUAUGCCUGGAAGGGGGAAACUGACGAAGAAUAUAUCUGGUGUAUUGAACAGACCCUCGUUUUCAAGGACGGUAAACCUCUGAAUUUAAUUCUCGAUGACGGAGGAGAUCUCACGAAUCUGGUACACACAAAGUUUCCAGAGUACCUGAAAGAUUGCCUGGGAAUUUCUGAAGAAACAACGACUGGCGUACACAAUCUUUAUCGUAUGGUGAAGGAUGGGAAGCUUAAAGUCCCCGCGAUAAACGUCAAUGAUUCAGUUACAAAGAGUAAAUUCGAUAACCUGUAUGGAUGCAGAGAGUCGCUUAUAGAUGGUAUCAAGAGAGCUACUGACGUGAUGCUUGCUGGAAAAGUUUGCGUUGUCGCUGGAUACGGUGACGUUGGGAAAGGGUGUGCACAGAGUCUCCGGGCGUUAGGAGGGCGUGUUAUAAUUACGGAAAUCGAUCCUAUCAAUGCCCUCCAAGCAGCUAUGGAAGGCUAUGAGGUGACAACAAUGGAUGAGGCUUCGGAGAAAGGUCAGGUUUAUGUGACGACAACAGGAUGCAAAGACAUCAUUGUUGGCGAGCAUUUCCUCAAAAUGCCUGAGGAUGCGAUUGUGUGUAACAUUGGACACUUUGACUGCGAGAUUCAGGUUGCGUGGCUGGAGAAAAAUGCCAAGUCAAAGAUAAACAUCAAGCCUCAGGUUGACCGUUAUGAACUAGCUAAUGGGAGACACGUAAUAAUUCUGGCUGAGGGACGUUUGGUGAACCUUGGCUGUGCUACAGGACACUCUAGUUUUGUAAUGAGCGCCUCCUUUACAAAUCAAGUUUUGGCACAAAUUGAGCUUUGGACAAAGCCUGGCACGUACUCUAUAGGCGUUCACAUGCUACCUAAAACUCUCGAUGAAGAAGUCGCUACACUUCACCUUGAUCACCUUGGCGUCAAACUUACUAAGUUGACACCAGAUCAGUCAAAGUACUUAGAUAUACCCGUUAACGGGCCGUACAAACCUGAACACUACAGAUACUAGUUGGAGAAAGAGGAAAAACCAGCUUCAGAGCUGCUGGGGAUAUCAAUUGUGAAUUUUAAUUAGGUGGGUGUGUGCCUGUGUGUGUGCGUGUGUGUGUAUGUUGUGUAUGUCACGUCACCACGCCUGAAUGUGUAAAAUAAAUACAUCACAUGAUAAUUCGAAAUGCA